GCCACUGUCGCUGUCAUCACAGAUGUACCCCCAGCUGUCACUCCAUUGCUCCGUCUCUUUGCUCGCGCGCACACGCGUGCUCUCUCCUCCGCUCCCCUUCCUUCCCCUCUCCUCGCCGUCUCCCUCUGUCCCUCCCUCUUCCCUUCUCAGUUUGUUAUUGACCCAGCAGCCCCAUCCCCUUGGCAGCGGCGGCAGCAUUCCUGCUCCCCCGUGCUGUCUGCUGCGUGCCAGGUCCCCGCUCGCGGUGCACUGGGGACUGACAGUGCCCACUGUGGUCUGCUUGCCAGUGCUGUCUGGAUUUCUCCAGGAAUCCCAGGAGGGACUCACUGGAUGGCUCAGAACUACUUGAUUUAAGGAGCUCGAGGUCAGGGUGAAAAAAGCAGCUGCAGCAUGAACCCCUGAGCUGGUGCGUCUUAUUAUAGACCGGAGGGCGGAAGACGAGUGCUGCAGCUCACUGUCAGGCGAAGGUGGAGAGGAAGCAGGCAGCCUGCGGAGGAGGGGCUGCUCUCUGCCUCCUCGGGGGCCAUGGACUGACCAGUAGCACAUACCAAGGGGCUCCCCUGUCCCCAGAGGGGCAGGGCCGUGACAGCCGUGGCAUUCACCAUGCUGGCCCUGGGCAGUGGUCCUGAGCAGAGGAUCAGGCUGGUCCUGCAGUGGAGGCAGAUCUCCUGGAUCACCUGCUGGAUCACCCUGUAUGCCGUGGAGGCCCUCCCUGCCUGCCCCUUCUCCUGUAAGUGUGACACCCAAAGCCUGGAGGUGGAUUGCAGUGGUCUAGGCCUCACCACAGUGCCCCCUGAUCUGCCCGCUGCCACCCGAACCCUCUUGCUCUUGAACAAUAAGCUGAGUGCCCUGCCAAGCUGGGCUUUCGCCAACCUGUCCAGCCUGCAGCGGUUGGACCUAUCCAACAACUUCCUGGACCAGCUGCCAGGCUCCAUUUUCGGGGACCUGACAAAUCUGACAGAGCUGCAGCUGCGCAAUAACAGCAUCAGGACCCUGGACAGGGCUCUGCUGCAGCGCUCGCCCCUGCUGCGCCACCUGGACCUGUCCAUCAAUGGUCUGGCUCAGCUGCCCCCAGGCCUUUUCGACAGACUCCCGGCACUGCGCUCCCUGUCGCUGCGCUCCAACCGCCUGCAGAACCUAGACCGGAUGACGUUUGAACCCCUAGCAAGCCUGCAGCUGUUGCAGGUUGGGGACAACCCCUGGGAGUGUGACUGUAACCUGCGUGAUUUCAAGCACUGGAUGGAAUGGUUCUCCUACCGAGGGGGCCGCCUGGACCAGCUUGCCUGCACCCUCCCCAAGGAGCUGAGGGGGAAGGACAUGCGCAUGGUCCCCAUGGAGAUGUUCAACUACUGUUCCCAGUUGGAGGAUGAGAAUAGCUCGGCCGGGCUGGAUAGUCCCGGGCUACCCUGCACCAAGGCCAGCCCAGAAUCUGUGAAGCCCAAGCCAGGGGCCGAGCCAGAGCCUGAGCCCAGCACGGCCUGCCCCCAGAAGCAGAGGUACCGGCCAGUGAGCGUGCGCAGGGCCAUCGGCACAGUGAUCAUCGCCGGGGUGGUCUGCGGAAUCGUCUGUAUCAUGAUGGUGGUGGCCGCCGCCUAUGGCUGCAUCUAUGCCUCCCUCAUGGCCAAGUACCACCGGGAGCUCAAGAAGCGCCAGCCCCUCAUGGGGGACCCGGAGGGUGAGCACGAAGAGCAGAAGCAGAUCUCCUCUGUGGCAUGAGAGCCCAGCGCCACCUGGCCCCGGCAGGAAGAGCAGGGGAAGCCCAUGGGGAUUGCUUCAGGAAGGGCCGGCAUACCCUUCUGUCACAGUCCCCAGCUCUGCUUUCCUCCCAGCCCUCCCGGAAACCAGCCACAGUGUGAACUUCUAAGUCUCCGGAUUAUGCUCUUCUCCGAGCCACCAAAUCUUUGGAACACCUGGGGGAUUGCCUUCAGUUUCCGGCCACAGGGAAGAAAGAACUGUGUGCAAGUGGAGGCUGCCGGACUGAGUUCUCCCUCUGCCCUUCCUGCCCUGGGUGUGGUCAGAGCUGGCUGACUCUCCCUGUCUCUUGCCCAACCCCCUUACCUGCAUUUAGUGGCUGGGCGGGGGGGGGGAGUGAUACCGGGCCAGGAGCCCAUUUCUGCAACUCUCUUCUAAGCCAGGAAGAUAUUCUUCACUACCCCUCAUUGAAAGUUGGGUCCAGCUUUCCAAUGCUGGUACUAUUACACCCACCCUGUCAUCUAGACACAGCACUUAGAAACACAACGCUGUGAUUAUAACACAGUCCCUUGGCUGAAGCCAUUAUGUCCCUAUAUCUGCUAGAGACCACGCCAAUCAUCCACACUGCUCCUGGAUUCACUAAUUUGUCUCACAUAAACUCACAGCAUCACCAGCGAAAUCACAUCGAUUGAAGAAAUCUCACACGUACACACACACACACAGUCACGUGGAGACAGAAGUUAUGAGAACGUGGGAAGCAGAAGCAUGUCUCCCCCUUGGAUCUCUAGCUCUCUGAUCACAGAACCUUUUGCUUGCUGACCGCAAUCUUCUCAAGUCAACACGGGGAGAAACCAAACGGACAACACGGGAUGCCUUUGAGAUCCUCUAAAGUGGGCCAAGUGGAUGCGCCUGCUCGUCACCAUGGUAACCCUCUCACACCUGUCCUGCUGGCUUUUCCAGGGACACCAGCUCAGAGGCCUUGUAGCUGCAGUGCCUGUGGAGAGCACCUCCUAAGAGCCCAGUCUGCCUGAGUGCGUCACUGCCAGGCCCUGUGGGGACACCCACCAAUUCCACUCCUAUAGCCUGCAGCCCAAGAAUCAUUGCUCUGCACCUCUCACCUCUCCAGCUUCAGCAUCUCUGGAUCUGUCACCUCGGGUGGGGACUGGGCCAUGCUCUGUGAUUGGUGGCGUCUUGGGAAAGCCGGUGGCCUUUGCUGGAGCUCACUGCCUGCCAACAUCUCCCGAAUAGACCCAGGAGCAGGGCACUCUGCUCAGAGGCUUCGGUGGUGGGGCUCCCUUUCCCAGGGUUUGGUCUGCUCAGUCUGGCUUCCCAGACGUCUUCAUUGUACCUGGACUGUGGUGCGAACCAGAGCAUGGGCCAGGGGUCCUGUCUGCUCUUUUGCUGGAACCUAUACCAAAGGGGCAGAGAUACCUGCUUGCAGGGCUGUGGGAGGGGCAGUGAGAAGAGGCCUGUGCAGGGCUUGGGGUCACCAGUCUUCUUUUCUAGGUCUGCCAUCCCCUCUUGUGAGUCUGACCCGGGUGACUACUAGUCUCCUUCUGCCGGACACUGGUUUUCCCACGGCUCCCAGAGGGGUGAGAUGUAUCUGGCGGGGUUCUGGCUCUAAGACAGGCUUUCUGUGGUGGCCCAGGAAGAGGUCGCCAAGAUAUGACGGUCUGAGGAAGGACAGGGCAGGACAGGGCAAGCCUGGACCCUUCCACCUCAUAGAGGAGCUUCGUGGGGGCGUGGGGUUGUGGGAGGAGGAGGAGUGCUUUUGAGAAGGUCAUUCUCCAGUAGGGGUACAGAGGGAGCCCCAGCACAGGCUGCUAGAUGCCCUCCCUGAGGUGGAGGCAAGUCUUCCUUUUUUUGGUUUGCCAGCUAGAACCGGAUCUAGGGAUUUCCUAAAGGGAAUGGGGGAGGGGUGGGCGUUGUCAAUGGUGGUCUCUUCAUUCUGAGACAGAAGAUUUUUAAAGGCAAAAUUAUAUUUCUGGUUUGUUGUUUCAGAAGACCAAUAAAGACUGUAUUUUCCUAUGUACUUCCUGAUUUCCUUGGGUGGGGAGGGUAGGUGGGUGCUGGGAGAGUAGCUUCCUGCCCCUCGCCUGCCAGACAGCUGCCCAAAGUGCUGCCAGAUGUCAGCACAAUGUCCAGAACCCCUAAGACAGGUGGGGGCCUUGCCUUGGGGCGCCCCCAGGAGAGAGUGAACAGGCAGCACAGCUGAGUGCGUCAAGCUCGCCCACGUGAUGGCCUGAUGGCAGUAUACAUGAGCCUCAGGCUGCUUUCACUGGGAAGCAACGGGACUUGUGGAGUGAGGAAGGGGAGCUGGAGACCCGGCACUGCUCUGCC